UGGCCCCAAACCCAAUCUGGUUUUCUAAUAUUUACACUGAACAAUCUUCUUCUCUUCCAAUUUUCUUCCACCGCUCCCAUUUUCGGCGUGACCUAACCACCACCGUCUUCAAUCUCCGAAGCCCCGCCGUGUCCACCGCACCUUUUCUAUUCCAUUCUCUAUCUUCAAGACGUCCGUGCCAAUUUCAGCAAAGGACAGACCUCCACGUGCAGGGCAAACACCUGACCACCUAUCCAUCUCGAGAGAAGAGGCGUGAAGCGGCGACGUUAGAACCCCAGGCCGCCGCCUCUAUCUCCGGCGAGGCCUCCUGGAGCUGCGGCUAGUUGAUCCCACCUGAACCCCUGAGCUCCCUUAAUGAAAACAAAUCGUUGAGAUUUUUUUGUUGGUACGUCCCCUAAACCUCACUUCUCUUUCGGACAACCACAACCAUGUUCACAGCUUCAUUCUCCCUUAAACCCUUUUCUUCUUCCUUCUCGUCCUCCUGCUCCUCAUCCACCACCACCCUUUUCCCCAAACUCCUCUUCCCACCUUUCUCACAUCUCCACCCACCGCCAUGUGUCUCUCCACCUCUCUGCACCCUCCACUCCAACACCCUCCCCCUCCCCUCAAACAAAAAAAAGAAAAAGAAAAAACCAUACGACGGCGCUUUGCCCUCCCUCCUCCGAUCCCUCAAAGCAGCCGCGGAUGUGGCCCUCGUACUUGGCUCUCUCCCGGACGCUCCCUCCCUCUCUCCCAAAGAAAUUACCGUCAUCCUCAACGAACUGUCUUCCUCGUGGCAGCGCGCGACCAGGGCCUUCGACUGGUUCAGGUCCCAAACGUGGUACACCCACAACGUCAUUCACUACAACGUUGUUCUAAGAGCGCUGGGAAGGGCUCAGCAGUGGGACCAGCUCCGCAUCUGCUGGCAAGACAUGGCUAAAAAUGGCGUCUUGCCCACCAAUAACACCUACAGCAUGCUCGUUGAUGUGUAUGGGAAAGCAGGUCUUGUCCAAGAAGCGCUUUUGUGGAUUAGGCACAUGAGGGUGAGAGGUUUUUUUCCUGAUGAGGUUACUAUGUGCACUGCUGUUAAGGUGUUGAAGGACGUGGGAGAGUUUGAUAAGGCUCAUAGGUUUUACAAGGGGUGGUGUGAUGGGAGUGUUGAGUUGGAUGAUCUUGAUUUGGAUUUAGAGAGUUCUUUUCGUAGUAAUGCUAGUGGUAGAAGUACUAAUACGUCUGCAUCAAUGGCAAUUAGUUUCAAACAGUUUCUCUCUACUGAGUUGUUUAAGAUUGGUGGAAGAGUGUCUACUUCCGUGGCACAUUCAAAUUUGUGCAAUGUGCCACAAAAGCCUCGUCUCUCUACCACCUAUAAUGUGUUGAUAGAUUUGUAUGGGAAGGCAGGACGGUUAAGCGAUGCAGCCGAGGUUUUUGAAGAAAUGCUGAAGGAGGGUGUAGCCAUGGAUGUGUGGACUUUUAAUACCAUGAUUUUUAUUUGUGGGAGUCGUGGUGAUUUGGUGGAGGCGGAGGCUUUGCUUGGGAUAAUGGAGGAAAAAGGGGUGGCGCCCGAUACCAAGACUUAUAAUACUUUUCUGUCUUUGUAUGCUGAGGCUGGGGAUGUCGAUGCUGCGGUUUCUUGUUAUAGGAGAGUGUGGGAGGCUGGUUUGUGUCCUGAUGUUGUGACUUACCGAGCUCUUCUUGGUAUGCUAUGCAAAAAGAAUAUGGUUCAGGAUGUGGAAGAUUUGAUUGAUGAAAUGGAGAGGGAUUCUGUGGGUGUUGACGAGCAUGCACUUCCGGGAAUUGUGGAGAUGUAUGUUAGUAAGGGGGAUAUUGAUAAAGUGUAUCAGCUGCUGAAGAAGUUUCAUAUAAAUAGGGAGAUGUCCAUGAAAAUUCGGGCGGCGGUUAUGGAUGUUUUUGCUGAGAGAGGACUCUGUGAGGAAGCAGAGAAUUUGUUUUAUGGAGGAAGGGACUUGACAGUACAUAAAAAGGAUGUUUUAGAGUGCAAUGUUAUGAUCAAAGCGUAUGGAAAAACUAGACUUUAUGACAAGGCUGUGUCUCUCUUUAAGGGAAUGAAAAAUCACGGGACUUGGCCUAAUGAAAGCACAUACAAUUCUCUUAUUCAAAUGUUGUCUGGUGGUGAUUUAGUGGACCAAGCAAUAGAACUUAUGGAUGAAAUGCAAGAAUUAGGGUUUAAGCCACCUUGUCAAACUUUUUCUGCUAUUAUUGGUUGUUAUGCUCGCCUUGGUCGGCUUUCUGAUGCCAAGCGUGUGUACGGAGAAAUGCUAAGAGUUGGAGUAAGACCAAAUGAGGUUGUGUAUGGCUCUUUAAUAAAUGGAUAUGCAGAACAUGGUAGUCUUGAAGAGACACUUAAAUACUUCUACAUGAUGGAAGAAUCUGGGUUUUCAGCUAAUUUAGUUGUGUUAACAUCCUUACUGAAGGCUUAUUGUAAGGUUGGAAAUUUGGAAGGAGCAAAAGCCAUCUAUGAGCGGAUGAAGAACAUGGAAGGGGGUCUGGAUUUAGUUGCAUGUAAUAGUAUGAUCGGCCUCUUUGCGGAUCUUGGCUUGGUUUCUGAAGCCAAGUUGGCUUUUGAAAAUUUGAGAGAAAUGGGUCGGGCGGAUGCAGUUUCCUAUGCAACAAUCAUGUAUCUUUAUAAGGCCGUGGGCAUGAUGGACAAAGCCAUCGAGAUUGCAGAGGAGAUGAAACUGUCAGGUUUACUGAAAGAUUGUGUUUCAUAUAAUAAGGUACUGGUGUGUUAUGCCGCCAAUGGACAAUUCAAUGAAUGUGGUAAAUUAGUACAUGAGAUGAUAUCUCAUAAGCUUUUGCCAAAUGAUGGAACUUUUAAAGUUUUGUUCACUAUAUUAAAGAAGGGAGGUAUUCCCAAUGAAGCAGUGGCACAAUUAGAGUCAUCUUACCAGGAGGGGAAACCAUAUGCUCGGCAAGCAACCUUCACUGCUUUGUACUCUUUAGUUGGUAUGCAUACUUUGGCACUUGAAUCUGCUCGACCAUUCAUUGAAUCUGAGGUUGAACUUGACUCAUCUGCCUAUAACGUGGCAAUCUAUGCAUAUGGUUCAGCUGGAGAUAUCAACAAGGCCUUGAAUAUAUAUAUGAAAAUGCGGGAUAAGCAUGUGGGACCAGACCUUGCAACGUAUAUAUAUCUGGUUGGUUGUUAUGGAAAAGCUGGCAUGAUUGAAGGUGUGAAACGGGUAUAUAGCCAAUUAGAAUAUGGAGAGAUUGAGUCAAGUGAGUCUUUGUACAAGGCUAUUAUAGAAGCCUAUAAGAUUUGCAAUAGAAAGGAUCUUGCCGAGUUAGUUAGCCGAGAAAUGAGAUUUGCAUUAAACUCACAAGAACAUUCUGAAGUUGGAAGCGAAGGUCAAUAUGAUGAAUAUGAAGUUGGAAGUGAAGAUGAAUAUAAAGUUGGAAGUGAAACUGAUUAUGACGAAUUCUGAUACAGCUUCUUCAGGAUCCUAAAUCCUAAUACUGACAAGAAACUGUAUGAAGACGGAUACAAAUGCCAUUCAAUUCAGCUUCUUCAGACACACUCCUUUGCAGCUUUACUUGCUGUGGCUGUUUCGUCUCUUCUAUUUCUCUUCCUGCCUCUCCGCCUCAUACCAGGAUUCACUCUUAGACAUGCAGGACUUCCCAAAGUACCAGUACCUAUAUGCAACCAGUUAGUAAUACGGUCUGUUUUUGGUCAAUGGCUCCCUAACUAACAGGGGCUACAAGUGGUGCAAUGGAUGCUGGGAACUUGUUGAAGCCAAUGCUUGGAAGAGGUGAACUUAGAUGUAUAGGAGCAACUACAUUGAAUGAGUAUAGAAAAUAUAUUGAAAAAGAUCCUGCUCUUGAGCGAAGAUUUCAGCAAGUGUUUUGCAGUCAACCAUCUGUUGAAGAUACAAUUUCUUCGUGGGUUGCGUGAACGCUAUGAAUUGCAUCAUCGAGUUAAAAUAUCAGAUAGUGCAUUUGUUUCAGCUGCAGUUCUUGCGGAUCGAUACAUUACAGAGCGUUUUUUAGCUGACAAAGGUAAGAUGUGACAUUAGCCCAUAUAUGACGAGUUGAUUCCUUUGUAAUACUUUAUUUUAGGGUUACUUGCAGAAGUUUGGUCUUAGCUAGAACAGCAUAAUGUUAGUUUUGAAAAGAAAAAAGCAUUCCCUCUCUGUUAAAAGCCUACUGAAUUGGAUGAGAUAGACAGAGCAAUAUUGAAAUUGGAGAUGGAAAAGCUCUCUUUGAAAAAUGACACUGACAAGGCAUCUAAAGAAAGAUUAAGUAAGCUUGAAAAUGAUUUGAGUUUACUUAAACAGAAGCAAAAAGAAUUGGCAGAACAAUGGGACAAUGAAAAAGUUUUUAUGACACGAAUAAGGUCAAUCAAAGAAGAGAUUGAUAGAGUCAACCUAGAGAUGGAAGCUGCUGAACGUGAGUAUGACCUGAACCGUGCUGCUGAGCUCAAGUAUGGAACUUUGAUGUCCCUUCAGCGUCAAUUAGAAGAAGCUGAAAAGAACCUAACUGACUUCCGAAAUUCUGGAAAAUCUUUGCUUCGAGAAGAGGUCACUGACCUUGAUAUUACUGAGAUUGUUAGCAAAUGGACUAGUAUACCAUUAUCAAACCUCCAACAAACAGAAAGAGAAAAAUUAGUCUUGCUGGAACAGGUUCUUCACAAGAGAGUGGUUGGUCAGGAUAUGGCAGUAAAAUCUGUGGCUGAUGCAAUUCGCCGUUCAAGGGCUGGAUUGUCUGAUCCAAACCGACCAAGAGAGUGGUUGGUUAGCAAAUGUACGUUUUCUUACCUUCUAUAGAUGGAACGAGUGAAAAACAGGCUUAAGCAAAAAGAAAAUUGAUCUUCAUUACACAGAAGAAGCUGUUAAAUAUCUUGGUGUACUGGGUUUUGAUCCAAAUUUUGGUGCAAGACCAGUUAAAAGAGUGAUACAACAGUUAGUUGCAAAUGAAAUUGCUAUGGGAGUUCUAAGGGGAGAUUUCAAAGAAGAGGACUCAAUCAUUGUGGAUGCUGAUGUGACUCCAUCAGCCAAAGAACGUUCUCUGAAUAGACUGCUUAUUAAGAAGUUGGACAGCCCUGUUGCGGAUGCCAUGCCCAUGGUUGUCAAUCACUAAUCUUACCCGCCGCAAUAGAUAAAAGGUAGUUUUUAUUUUUAUGUGUAAUCAUUGUCAUAAGAAUAUUCUGUUUCAGAAGAUUUGUUGAUUAUUGUUUCACUCUAGAUUGCACAGGUCACUAAAUAUCGUGAAUUUUUUUUUAUAAAAAAAAAUCUAAUCAUAUUUAACUGCA